AUGCUGUCCUUGCCCAAGCUCAAGCGUCCCGGCCGCGACGUGUCUCCGCAUUCUUCGGAGCGCACCCGGAGCCAGAGCGAUGCCAUCGUCACGACCGGCAAGGCUUGGGAGCACGGGGACGGCUGCACGUCGACCAAAGCACAUUGUUCCAAGCGCGAACUGCUACACGACCUGAUCAGCCGAUCCGUCCGGGGCGCCGGCCGCGCGCUGGCGCCUUCCCAACCGCAAGACCCGCCGGAUCACCAGUCUAGCAGGCAUUCCCACCGACGGCGCCAUACUUCUACAGCAGUAACAUCACGUAAUGCCGCUACUGCAGCUACGAGCACAGCUUCCGCAGCUGCAGCCGCUAACCAUAACGCGGAUUUGCAUCUGCAUCUGCAGUCCGAUUCGCUAAUACCAACAGCUUCCCCGCUUCGGCCAGCUUUGUCGUCUAUUACGUCUCUGCUGCUUUCCACGCCUUCACACCCAGUGGUUCCCGUGCACGCAGACAAGCCAUUGCCGGCGCCGCCGUUGCCUGGAAACAUACCAGACGUCAGACCGCCUGCCAAGCCUGUGCUGAAGCUCACUCGCAUCAUGGCCAAUCUCACCGCUGAUGACAUUGAGACGCUGUUUUCGGGCGCUCCGCAGUUCUUUGCUCGCUCUGAAGGCCACUUCACCGGUGCACCUCAUCCGAGCACCGCGUUUCCUUGGGACGAGGCCUUGCAUAUCCGUGACCUCGCCGAUCACAUCCGCAUAGAAGAUGCUGCUUGGAGCUCCGUCACGGCGUGGCCGCACGUCAUAAGAUGCAAGGAUCAUAGCCCCGAAAAGACCAGCAUUGACGGCCUGACCAGAGAGGCCGACGACCCGCCGCCGAUUAAAAAACGUGGCCACUACUACCCGCGGUGCCGUGAGAGGCCUAGCAUGCUCAGCAUGCAGGGUCUGGAAAAGGGCACUAUCGGCUAUGAAGCGGCUCUCGAGCUGUCUGUGUCGGAUGCUCUGCAAGAAGAGCAGUUCGGUUUUGAUACAGUCGGCUCGCGACCGGCUGCUAUCAGGGAGGCCCGCCGCAAUCUGAUGACGCCGACAGCCGCAAAGUCAGAAACAGCAGACCAGAACGCCAGCGGGGUCAAAUUCGUUGGUGAAACUCAGAUCCUCGAAGAGCUUAUCAAAAAUGGCCGACGUUACGCCACCGGCAACUUUUACAGCUCACGCCAAGGGCAGGAGUUCUAUGAUGAGCUCUUUGGCCAUAUCCUGCAUCCACCAAAGAAGGCUCGAUCGUUCCAUGUCCGCUCCAGUAGCCAGUCGGGCAGUUGGGGCAACGGUGUUACCGGCCACCUUGUCGCCCAGAUUGAGGCUCUACUCGAUGUGCUCGCAACGCCUAACGUCUGGAUCGACUUUUCCCACGUCGAGUGGCGCCUUAGGCUUGGCCAGAUACUAUGGACAUCGUCCGCUCCGGACGAGCUGGAUGAUGGCAUAGUGCGACCGCAAGAGGUUACAGCAGCACCACAAUCUAACACAUACGGCGAACGAUACACGGAGCGCUAUUGGCUUCUUCUCCAAAUCCUGCUAUCCACGGAACUUUUACUCCGUCUUGACGCAAUUACCGAUGGCGACGAGAUUGGGCUGGAGUAUGUCCGCCCCGCCGAGGUCCAACGAUUUGAGAAGGAGGCCAACCAGUCUGUGAGGUGGUCUCUUAUUAUUGCUCGUGCCUGGCUUGAAAAUAUGGAGGUUGUUCGGGUCGGUGGCCCAGAGGAGAAAGUCGAAAAGAAAGCGUUCGAGUCACCAGAGAAGGAGAGACAAGGCGAGCCCCAAACACUUUUCCGAUCAGGGACCAUCAACGUUGCUAGUCUGGCCAAGAACAAGCCCAAAGAGUCGGGCUUGAAGCAUACUAUUGGAUGGAUUACAACGCUCACAAGGAAGCUGUCCCUAGCCGAAGGCCACCUUCAUGCGCCGAUCGAGCCCCAUGAAAGACGUAUAUACGCCAUGAAGGCAAAGUAUGUUCGGCGCCAGCAACAUGGCAUCGUCCACUUUGCACGAGAGUUGCGGUGGCCAGAUGAGCGGAUUGAGCAGACACUUCGGCACCGCGUGGAAAUGAAGGAGCAGCUGAACACCAAAAUAGCCGAGUUCACGGCUACGGAGAGCGAAGCGGUCAAAUCACUAGCAUCGCUAAUGUCUACCUGUUCAAUCCCGGCGACAUCAAAGACCAAGCUGGAAUUCAACCGGAAGCUUCCGCGUCGGCGAAAGGUAGUUGCCGGUCUCCACCCAAACGGCUGGCUGUCCAAGAGCUACUUGUCAGGACUGAUGCUGCCUGGAGAUGGUCUCUGUACCCUGUUGAUGGCCGCGUUGCUAGAAAGCGAUGAGGCGGCUAUGAAAGAGCUUGGAAACAUAGCUCACCUGGGUGCUGGGUUCGUCUAUCACGGAAAGAGUUUUUGGAGCACGGCGAGUGUGGUUGGCCGCGUGCUAGCUGCCGGUGCCGGUGCAGCUGAGUGCAUGGGCUGGGUAUCGUCGGAUGUGUUGCCGCAUGGCUUUGGAAGCGGAUGGAUCAACGUCAACGUCGAUGAUGUGGCCGAAGACUCCCGUCUGCUGCAUCGACGUGCACGUAUAUGGGGCAAGGCUGCCAUUGAGCGCGGAUCGUACGUGCUCGGAGACGCAGAUCCGGCGUCUGUCUUGCCUGCAGAUUUUGUUAUUCCGUUCGAAACAACCUACAAGGAGCAACCGCCUGCACACACGCAGAUCGAGCUGCGCCGCUUUGAGCUCUCUGACAACUCCGAAUCAGCAGCAGAGGGACAGGAUCACGAGAUCCGGCCCAAGGAAACAGGAAACUCGACCAAAGCCGGAAGCGGGACAGCAAAAGCGUCGAUAUUCAAGUCAGCUGCUGCGGUUUCCUUCGGGCUGUCCAGCGACGGUGGCCCCGAGAAAGCAUAUACGUACACGCUCCUCUACGACAUUUACUUUGUGACGGCCCAUCCGUGUGUGGUGUCCCAGCGCGUCAAAGUGCUCAAGUCACCCUCGAGCCCAACGAUCCAGCAGGUAGACGUGACGGGUUCUGGCUUUGCGGGUCACGCCAGCUCCUCGAUUCCUAUAGGCCAUCUGUUGCACAAGUAUUACACCUAUGCGUCCAUACAUCUGACAACUUUGAUUGAGAACAAGGACAAGACUCUGGCAGAACUGUUGGUGGCUUAUGUCGCGUCGACAAAUCGGUCUGCGCGUGCUGAGGUUGCCAAGGUGCUGGUGAUCGACUGCAUGACCGGGUUCUCGCCACAGCCAACAGCCAGUGAAAUGCCUCUGUCGCCUGUUUUCGCGGAGAGGCCAUCGAUUGACAGCGUGUUCCCGCUGCUGACUAGAGAGAUCUCCCCGAUUACAGGGCUUACUGCACUUGACUCGGCAGCUGAUUCGGCGGCACAACAGACAAAGGCUGGAGCCGAGCUGCCAAGGAAAGGGUCAUCGGAGUCGUCAAGGUCUUCGGGGUCCUCAGCAUAUGCAGCAAAGAACGAGCCUACGCCACCACCAUCUCAGAUGCACCACGAGACAAGAAGGCGGCGUUUUGGAUCCGAUAUGGAAAUCAUGGUCCGUGCCUUUUGCGCAGAGAAGGGGUGGAAUGCUUUGGUCAGCCGUCGGCGACGAGGCUGUCUAGCAUGUGCCAUCCGCGAGGCCGGAGCACUCGGCUGGAAGGUAGUCAUUCGCGUGGACUGA